AUGACCGCGUUCAGUCUCGCCAGUUUGAUCUCGCUACUUUAUCAUGCAAAUACGAGUCACCGCACAACCAGUUCGUUCCGAUCAAUCUCGACGGCUCCUCAGAAGAAGCUUGUUGUACGACAUUCCAAGUCAACGGCUGCUUACCAUCAUCCUCCCGAUUCUUUGGGCGCUAUGCUUUGGUGGGGUGUUCACUUUCAUGGGGGUUUUUCUCAAAUCCGUGACGUUUCUGCUGAUAUUGAUUGCGAUCAAGGGACUUCCGGCGCUGAGAAUGACCACAUCCUCACAUCGGAGACUCGCAAAUGCGGUGUUCCUGAAUGGACUGAUUUACUAUUUCUACCUCUUCGGUUCGUCCCUCUACCCUUCGUUUACAUGGUCAAGAGCGUUGAACCCUUUUCUUGUCCUCCAGUCAUGUCGGCCAUUAACGUCGUUCUCAUAUAUCCAGUAUGUUCCCCCCACCUACAACCUCCCGUCUAUAUCAAACUCAUCUCACUUAGUAUGCCUACCACAACCUUCUCUCAACGUAAUCUCUUCUCCAUCUCCAUCUCGUCAUCAGCUUAUCUCACCUCCAUUCUCACAGGUUCGAACAAGCGAUGUACUCUAUCCUAA